UCACGGUAUGUUGUACGGCAUUCGCUUCGCUCGGCAUCGGUGCAACGGUCGGGUUGCGAAAAAGGGGCACCAACCGAUUUGGAUGCGCAACUAAGUACGCCAGCGAGUGUGAAAAGAUGAAGUGUUUGUCGGGUGGACUGUUGCUCAGCAGCGCCACAUUGCUGGUGUUGGGUCAAGUAGUGACCGGGCUUUCGCUGAGACCUCGCCGUGAUGUUGUAGAGACGGGGAAAGCCAUAGUGAUACAGGGAGUGGCCAAAAUUAAGGAAGCACUUGACCACGGUGUCAGCGCAAAGUCGGAAGGAAAGCGUUCUGUUGAUCUGUUUGGAUUUAAAUUCGGCGGUGGGUCAAGCGUGAACGCCGGCUUCGGCGAUGCAGCGAAUGAGGAAGGUUCUGAGGCGGAGGAAGAUCUGGUAAGGCGUCGUCGGGCGGUUGAUGCGUUGGGCGCUGCCUAUGCCGUUAGCCUUCUGCCUCAGUCAUCGCACGGAACGAACGUCAACAUCGUAAAGAUUAGUUCGGUGUCGAACGUCAAUAAUUUUGGCGAGCUACCGGCAGCGGAACCGGCCGGGACAACGGUCGCAGCACCAGCAGCAGAAAGGCGUCGCCGAUCGCCUGAUAUGGUGCAAUUGGCUGACUUCCAAAAGCAAACGUACACAGUAGAUAGUGAGUUUCGCGGGAAGCAAGCUGUAAAGAAACACGAAUCACUGGAAACGAUUAAAGGUGGUAGCCGUAAGCUGGUGAAGGAUACUGUUGUUCGCAACAAGCGUUCCCCUCAGGAGGAGCAGGAGGACGGUGGGGAAACUGAUGCACCCCCGAAAGGACCUCCACGCGGAGGACCCAAGGGACCGCAUGGCCGUGGACCGCCGGGUGGAUGUGCUAGAGGUCCUCCUCCAGGCAGGGAAGAAGAAACAACCAUGACCACGGCAACGGUUGAACGACGCAAGCGCGACACGAUCGAGCAGCUGGAGAUCGAACGUAGCAAGCGAUCGGCGAAGGGUCCUCCGGAAGGUAUGAAGCGUGCAUCCUGUCGUGGUGGUGGUGGUGGUGGCGGUGGCGGUCAAGGGACUCCAACACCACGGACGGAAGAAGUGAGACGAAAGCGUGACACAUCCAAUCAGAGCAGCGAUUACAGCGAAUUCAGUGGAUCGGAGUCGGAGGAAUCGCAAGAAGCGGCAAAGGGACAAACGCUGGACCGGACACGCAAUCGGCGACAGGCACUCGGGGGCGGGGAAGGUGCGGGAAAGGUGGGAAGCUGGGUUGAGCAGCUGGCUGGUGUGUUUGUGGACACGAUCAAGAAGGUGGUUGACGUGACGAAGAAGACUUUUAGUCGAGGAAAUUCUGAAAUGUAAUGUCUUGGGACGCGUUUGUAAUAGCGGUUUCUCGGAUGGUUUUUUUUCGCAAUGGUGUGAUUUGAAGUGUAAGCAAGCCAAUUCUUCCUAUGUUAUUUGAUAUGCUGAUGUUUAAUAAAGAUUAAGAAAUGAAACUACCCUCA